AUGGCCGCCAUGGACAUCCCCCCCAUGCCCUUCCUCUCCCACUACAACAUCUCCAUCCCCGCCACCUACUCCACGCAGCCCAACUACCACCACACCGUCCCCAUGACCAACGCCUACAGCAGCACCGUCUACGUCACCGUCGCAUGCACCAACAGCUCCACGCACAUCAUGGCACCCACCUCCUGCCUGCCGACCGCCACCCCUACGCCCUGGAGCCAUGCGCACCCGAGCUGGACGUACCCGGCGUGCGACUCUUCCUCGUGCUCGGACAUGGGCUGUGCGCACCCCACGAGCAUGAGCAAGUCUUGGGAUCAUGAGCACCCGAGCUGGACGUACCCGGCUUGCAGCAGCGCUUCGUGCACCGACAAGGGCCAUACGUACUCGACCGGUGUGGAGUCCGAGGGCUAUUGGUACCCGACUUCCGCUGCAGCGACGCCGGUGUGGACGAUGCCGCCCGUCUGGACCCCGGUGACGAAGACCGAGUACGAGACGGUGCCUUGCACAACCUCGACGUCGACCGAGCCGGUGUGGGUGACGUCCGAGACUCCUGUCUGGACGCAGCCGAUGGGGACGUCGGUUGUGGAGGUCGAGACCAACUGCUCGACGCCGGUGUGGAUGCAGACGGGGUAUUCGCAGAAGACUCCGGUGUGGGAGACGCACUAUUUCUCCAUGCCACCGAAGGAGACCUAUCCCUCCAUACCACCCAAGGAGACCUAUCCCUCCAUGCCGCCAAAGGAAACCUACCCCGCCGUCCCCUCCGCCCCACCAGCGAACAACAUGACCUACCCCGCUCCUUCUCCUCCAGCCGUCGAGACCCCCACGACGUACUACUCCGCCCCUCCACCAAGCGUCCAGACUCCCGGCGUGCCUGCCCCGCCGCCAGCUGAGACGUACCCUGCGCAGCCGCCGGCCGUCGAGACACCUAAGACUUACGGCGCGCCGUCGAAGCCUGCGGAGACGUAUCCUGCUGUCAACACUCCUGUGGCCCCAGCACCAGCGCCUCCGGCAGGCAAUACCCCCGCUGCUCCCGCCCCAGCGCUGCCAGCAGUCAACACCGCCUACGCCCCAGCUCCCGCCCCAGCUCCCGCGCCCUCCGUUCCAGGUGCUCCCGCCCCCGCUCCGGCACCACCAGCAGUCAACACUCCCGGUGCCCCGGCGCCUUCGGCUCCAGCUCCUUACGCACCAGGCAACCCCCCAACCCCCUACAACGCCCCACCGGCCACUGGCUCCGCGUCCGGGUCUGGAAAGGUGGUGAAGGUGUGGUGGGCUGUGGCUGCUGUUGCGGGGGUGAUGGUGUGCUUGUAG